AUGCCUGGAGAUCGCAAGUUUGGCCUUGGCAAGCUCAACACUGCUGAUGAAAUCCGCGUCAUCCGCGAUGGCCCCAGACUCUCUUUUCUCAUCAACGGGAGGCAGCAGGGGCUGGCCUUCGAUGAUCUCCCUCCCAAUGUUUAUGCCUGCAUCGGCCUCUACGGUCAGUGCCUGGGAGCGAAGAUCGUCGGGCAGGGAGCGCUUCCUUGA